UAUCCUAUCUAUCUUAUCGAAAAACAUGCAUGGAUCUAAAAUGAGACGGUUUAGGCUUUGGCCAUGAGGCCAUUAUGCCACUUGAUUCCUACUUGCCGACAAAAAGCACCCUCCUCAUUAAUAUAAUUGUUCAUACAAUUUCUUUGCAAUUAAUUCUCCAGUUUCUUCACUUGAAUCAGUUAAAAUAAACCCUCUCUGGAUCUCAUGGGGAAAGUUUGGUAGAGAAGCUAAAUAUUUAUCCCGAAAGAAGUUAAUGUCGUCCCUGCUUUUCAUCAAAUUAUCUAUAACUAAAACUCUCUUAGCUAGGGGCAUGAGCAUUCUCUUAUUUAGUCAUCGAAAAGAAAAGAAGAUAAAUUAACAGCAAGUUUGGCACUUAGUUGUAUUGGACAUCCAAUAAAGUGGUUUAAUUUUCCAUUCCAUCUAGUGUUGGUUUCUAAUAGUGAAGGAUAAUUAAGCAUUUGGUGAAUAGUUGACUUUUAAUUCAUGUUAUCAAGCUAGCCAAGUGGCAAAUAAUUAGUGUCCAUCCUGUAACCUUGCUUGUUGCUAACGUACGUUUAACGUACUCUUUGUUGUACUGGAGCUUAAUUAAUUAAUAAAUUGUACGUACCCAUAAAUUAAAACCAUACGUGAGAAGCACAAGCUAAGUGGGCGGAUAGAGUUUCAUUUAAUUAAUCUCUCGACUGCCUGCCUGGUUAAUCUUUCUCGUAAGGUAGGAACAGCAAGGAAAUCGAAGAAAUAGAUAAAAUCGAUUUUUUUAUCAAUACAAACACUUAAUUUAAUUAUAAUUAUUAGUUACAUUGCAUUGCAUGUUGCAUGUGGCAGCUCUUGGACUUUACAUUACAUUACAUUGAACUCUCUCUCUCUCAUCUAACAUAAACAUAUUAUCUAUAAAUAAAAUAUGGUUAACCAGAUUUAGGUCGUCAUCGAAGCAAGGCCUACCAGCAGCAGCUAGGCAACAGAUAGAUAAAUAUAUCAUUGAUUAGGCAGCUAGCUAGCUCUCACACCAGAAGAUCAAUCUCUUUAACCCAAAAUACAUAUAGAUUAUGGGUAAUCAGACUGUUGAUGUGACUUGAAUCGGACUAUCAGCCGCUACGACUGGUAGUCGGGGUCAGCGAGUGGGGUCCAGGGGCAACGCCCCCGGUGAGGGUGCGGGGGCCACGCCCCCGGCCCACGGUGUAUGGGCUCAAUGUUAUUUGGGUUCGGGUUCUGGGCCUGGUCUGUAACCGUUUCCUUUGCCAGAUUGGAUUAGGUUUAGACCCACAUGGAGAAGUACUAUAAAUAUUUCUCAUACUCCUCUGUAAUCUGUAAUCUCCUCGAUAUAGUGAAACUGGAUCUCUCUCGCCCGUGGACGUAGCUAACACACAUCGUGUUAGUGAACCACGUAAAUCGUGUGUCUGUGUUUUUCGAUUCGCUUUCGUAUUCUUGCUUUAUCGAUUUCGGCGAUUUUCCGAUCCGUAGCAGCGCGUUUAUAACACAGACCAGUAAACUAACACAAGUAACUUAAUUAAUUAGGGAUAUAUAGAUGGUGAUGAUGGUGGGAUCGGUAAUUAAUUAAGGCAUGCAUAGAGCCGGCUAGAGACCAUAAACUCCAUACAUGAAGGAAGAUGGCUAGCUAGCACGGCCAUACACACAUACAUCGAUCUCACACACAAACAUACAUAAGUAAAUAAACUUAAAACAUAUAUAGAUAGAUACAUAUGUAUAUAUUGUGUCAAUUGAUAGUUGGAUAAAUAUAUAAGAAAUAUUAUUAUAUGGAGCGGCAGCCGUGGCUAGCUGGAGUGGAGACGACAUCACUGUCACAUGAGCAAGCUCCUGAUAAUGGCGGCCUCGGGGCUGUCGGCGUCGAUGGUGGAGAGAAGCUCCGACAGCCGGUCGCUCAAGUCCUCCACUUCCCUGUGCAGGCUCCUAAUGUAGUUGCAUGUCUCCUGCAGCACCUUCGACGCCGACACCUGUCACGUAAACACAGUUUUCGGAUUUAUUACCUUAAUUUCGGUGAAUAAUAUGAUAUUCUCUUUUCUUUUCUUCCUUUCCUUUUCUUUACUUUCAGUUUUCCGUUAUUAUGUCGUCUAGCUUGCUUAGCAUCCUUCUCCUUUUUGUUGGUUUUCUUGCGCCUUCCUUCCCGGGAUUUGCUUACGAGUCAAAAUGGUUGUAGAAAGUUUGACCUUAAUUCAUUUAUUGGGUUUUACCAAACAAAGACUAAAUAACUCGGCAUAUAUAUAGUAAUAACAACAAAUUAAAUGCACUCAUUUCUAAAUCUCGUCCUUGAUGUCCGCCGGCCGCCGGGGGAGCUUGCUUCCCCUUCCCCUUCCGCCUCACCAAUUUCAAAACCCUCCAUCUACUUUUGUCAUUAUUAUCUUAUCUCCGUGGCUAGCUUCAGGUUGAAGUGGAAGAACAACAAUAUUAUUACGACUACUUGCUCCUCAGCAGGCGUGAGACAUUAUUAAUCACUUUCUCGUUUACCAUGAUAACUUAUAACAUUGUACUAAAUAUUCUAUUCAUGUGCUCCCUUAUUGCCAUGCGCCAUGCUAGCUAAGGAAAAGUCAAAGUCGUGUAGGCAUAAAUAAAUAAGUAUAAAUAUACCUUGUCGGAGCGGCGGCUGUGGCGAAGCUCCGGCAAGAGUUGGCGUAACUUGGAGACAAGUUGGAUGAUCUGAUCGUCGGUGAUCCUCGGCACACCUGAAGACUGCUGCCUCGACGUUCUCCGGCUCGACAUUGUUCUUCCUUGUUCCCUAACACCUUACUGCUGCUGCCUCUGUUAAUUAAGUAUAUGAAAGAUUAUUUGUACGUUUAUUUCGCUACACAUACAACAACAACCUUAAUUUCCAAGCUUGCAAUAUCGGGAAGAUGUGGCUGGCUAACAAGUAAGUUGAAAAGGAGAAGUAGAGAGAAAAGAGAUAUGGGGAUGGGGAAGAGGGGAAGCUUUCAAUGAGGGAUUAUAUGUUAGAGUUUGUUUUGAGAUGAAGAGAGGAAGGAGGGUGAGAGAGGGAGAGAAGAGAUGAUGGAGUGGAAGUAAUGGGGAAGAAAGUGAUAAGAGAGUGUUGUGUGUUAUAAAGAGAAUGGGGAAAGGACCACAAAACACAAUAUUGAAAGAGAAAGAGGCAAGAAUAGAUGUAAGGUGAGAGAGAGAGAGAGAGAGAGAGAGAGAGAGAGAGAGAGAGAGAGAGAGAGAGAGAGGGUACUAUAAAAUAGACAGUGAUGUUGGAGGCGAAGAAGACAGGUGCAUCGGAGAAACAAGUGGACUUGCUUGCUAUGUGCUCGUUCUACAUAUUAUGCUCUUAUGUAUAUGGUCGAGAUAGAUAGAUUACAUGGGAUUUUCUUGACUAUGUUGUGGGCUAAGUUGAAUAUUUGUGAGUCAAUAGCAUCAUAUAUCUAUUCUUAGGGUCGAUACUUCAGUUUUUUUAUUAUAUAUUACGUCCAAAUAUCUUGCAAUCUAAUCUAGGUAAAUUUGUCCUAAUACAAUGGCAAAAUUAUGUGUAGGCUAAUUACCCCCUCCUUAGUAUUUUGGUUUGAGAUUAAAGUUGUGUAUCCAUGUGUCAAGAAAACACAAAAAAAUUGGCGUGAUAAAGAAUAUCAGGUAUCAUCCUUUAAGAUUCAGGUCAGUUCAAUUCUGAAAAGUUAUCAUUGUCGUCUCUUGUAUUUAGCCCCUACAUACUCAUUAAUUAUAAGCUCGGACUUUUUCGUCUUACCAUUAAUACAACAUAAUAUAUUGUAUAUGCCGACUUCAAACCAACCAUAAUUUUCAUUGGAGAAGGUACGUACGAAAACAAACACUAAUGAUAGGAUAUGUAGGCCUAAUGAAUAGGAUAUGCAUGCACAAUAUCCAGCACAUAUUUAGGAAAUGAAAAAAGCUCCAAGGAAUACCAUUUUUACAUUACACAAAGUUUCUCUCUAGACCUUAAGUUGAGGGGCAAGCAAAGAUCGUUAUAGAAAAAAUCAAGGAGUGGGGAUGGUUCUGAAUAGAAAAAAGGAGUAGGGUACUUGUGUGAUUGUCCCCAAGCUGGGGUAGAUGAUCAAGUGGGUUUAAAGAGCUAUGUUGGUUAUUCAGCUAGCAAGAGUGGGCCUUUUUUAUGUGUAUAUGUCUUAAUACCACAACAUGACCAUGUGAUCAUAAUUAAGGACACCCACCCAUUUUAUACUAACUCUAGGGAACGGCUACGGUGCUAAUUGUAUAAUAGUUAGCACCGUCCUAAUCAAGGGAAAAACUACUACUAGUUUGAAUUAGUAGUGAUUUAGCUUAGAUGUUGUAUUGAUUUUAUAAUAAUCCAUAGUGAUUUCGUUAUUUUUAGUAGCGUUUUUUACUAGUUAUCACGGUGCUAACCCCUAUAAGGGUUAGCACCUAAUCCCAUCCCCUAGCUCUAGCUACUUUUAAUUUUUCCAAUCUUAGUACGUAAAUAAAUUAAAGUUGUUUCAAUUUCAUAAUUUUACGUUCUUUAGAUAUUAUAUAUAGGCUAAGGCUUUCACUGAAUUUCAUAUAUAGCACAAAAUUAGCUAGAGAACUUGCAUGCCACCACACAUCCCUUUGUCGGUUAUUUGUUCUUCUAUUUUCGAUCUCUAGUAUAUUGGCCACAUGCAUGUCUCGAUGAGAUGGAGUCGAAUUUGACUGUGAUUUAUAUGAUAUAACUUACUAGAUAGCUUGUUUUUUUAAUGUUUGUUUCAUGCAUGAGCAUGAAAGCGUAAGAAGUAUUGUUCCUUUCCUUCUUUUUUUUUUUUUUAACUCUUUGUACCUAGCUACUUCCCUCCACUAACAUGCACCCAAAAUAGUUCAUAGUACUAUAUGUUUCUGGGCAUCGUGCUUUGCUCUAGACUAGAACUCAGAGCCCUCUUGCAUGAAUAUGUACCAUAUAGAAAAUCUAGCAUCAUGCUUUGGUUGGUUCGUUUCGAUGGAACGAGAUACUCUCGAAUCUUCGUUUGUAUGUAUAAGUAUUGAGCGUGUGAACAAACUACGAUUUACUAUGGUUUUGUGGUUUAAUUUGUACAUGACUUAGUUCUUAACGAGCUUGGAUGAUGGUAGAGUAGAGAAAAAGUUUGCCCACUUGAUCGAAUUUGGUUUCGAUUUUGUUGACACUAAGAGAUGAAUAAAAGUGAAGGCGGCCUAUCUAAUAUAAUGCAUGAAUAGUC